AUGGCUAUUAUAUUAGAUAUUCAACGACCAAUUAUAUUCGAUGAGUCAAUUGCUCACUAUGAACUGCAUGCUCAUCAACCGUAUGCAUCGUCAACUUUGAACAACAAUGAUGAAGUUCGUAUCACAAUCCAAAAUCAAAAUUUGUGCAUAUUUCCUAGCAAAAAUGCACUCCAUAUUCUCGGUAAGUUUACCAAGAGUGAUAAUACUGCUGUCGCUGCCACAAACAACUUGGUUAAUAUGGGGAUUGGCCACAUGAUUACAAAAUUUCGCUUACUUAUGAAUGGUGUUGAAGUUGAUCGAAGUAGUAACGUUUGUAUAACAAAUCUGAUGAAAGGUUUUGUAUCAUUCAGUCCAAAUCAGUUGAGUGCUUUGGAGAAUGCUGGCUGGGUGAUGGAAGAUGAUGUUAAAUUAACAAACGCUGCAGGAAGCUUUGAUUUAUUGAUUCCAUUGAAUAUUUUGAGUGGUUUUGCUGAAGAUUAUCUGAGAGUCCUUAUGAAUGUUCAGCUAGAGAUAAUUCUUACAAUUUUAAACAGUGACAUUAAUGCUUACAUACAACAAGCAGCAGGUGCUGAGGAAGUAAAUUUUCGAACCUGGGAAUUGAAUGAGUAUCCGCUGUUACCGGCAACAUCAAAACAUAUUUGGGCUGUCAAAACAUCAACACAACUGGAGAAGCCACGUUACGUCAUCCUCGGAUUUCAAACAGCAAAAAAAAAUGACGCUAGGAAGAAUGCGAGUCGAUUUGAUCAUUGUACGCUCCGUAACGUAAAAUUACUCCUGAACUCACAGAGUUAUCCGUACGGAGAUCUGAAUUUGGACAUAAACGACAAUCAGUAUGCUUUAUUGUACAGUGUGUACACUGAUUUUCAAUCUUCAUACUAUAAUAAAGAGGCUGAGCCACUGUUAACAAAGCAGAAAUUUUUGCAAGAAGCUCCGCUCUGUGUUACAGACUGUUCUAAGCAGAAUGAGGCAAUUAAUUCUGGGCCAGUAGACAUUCGAUUAGAGUUUGAAUCCACAAAUCAAUUUCCACAAAACACAACAGCUUAUUGUUUAAUAAUCCACUAUCGGAUCGUUGAGUAUAACCCUAUCAGCAGCACUGUACGAAAAUUGACUUGA